AUGUAUGUGAAAUGGUUUGAUACAGUAAUGUUUUACUAUGUGAUUUUAGUGUAUUUAGUGAUGUCACUGUUUGUCAUUUUCAAAUUUCCCGCCGCUCCGUCCCCGUACGUCCUGACGUCGCAGGGAACGGAACCCAGAAGACAGAUGCCGGCAUCCACCGGAGGACAUUACAGGGGACACUGCAGGAGGGACAUCGCGGGAGCGCAGGACAAGGUGAGUGAAGAACAAAUCCCGGAGCAGUGCCGCAUGGUAAGCCCGAGUGUAGCUCGGGGUUACCACUUUUGGUACACUCGGGAAUACCACCAGGAAGGCUAC